UGUUAGAGCAGUGCUGGUGGUGUUAGAGCGGUGGUGGUGGGUGGUGGGUGUCAGUGGUGGUGGUGCGGUUGUUGGUUAGCUCUGCCCGGUAUUGUUGGGGUCAGCCUCGUCUCGCUACUGGUGGCAGUGGUGACGUUCCGCCUGGACAUGUCCACGAACAUGGAGGAGCUCAAGCACCAGCUCAUGGUCAACCAGUUCGUGCUCACGGCCGGCUGCGCGGCAGAGCAGGCCACGCAGCUGCUGCAGGCGGCGCGCUGGCAGUUCGAGACGGCGCUCAGCAUGUUUUUCCAGGAGGCGAAUGUGCCCAACGCCUUCCACGCUCACCAGAUGAUGUGCACGCCCACCAACACGCCGGCGACGCCGCCCAACUUCCCCGACGCGCUGGCCAUGUUCUCGCGCCUCAAGGCCUCCGAGGGCCUUCAGGCGGGCAGCCCUGGGUCGGCGGCGGCCGCCUCCCCGCCGACGGCGGCGGGCGCGUGCGGCGCCGCCCCCGCCGUGCCUUGGGCCACCGCGGCUUCGCUCGCGCCCGGCGCCCGGCGCUCCAGCAGCGACAACGGCUGCUGCCCCGCGCAGCCGCAGAUGCCGCCGACCGGAGCCACGCAGCACCCUUACCACCGGCACCGCAGCCGCCGCCACCACCAGGCGAAGAUCAACAGCUCCGUGGAGGCGGAGAGAUGAAGACGGUCGCGAGGGUUGCACCGUUAACAGCGGCGCGGGUCACGGGUUGCCGUUAACAGCUUUAACUUUUGCGCGCGCGGUAAAAUGGUGAUGCCGCGGCCGUGCAGCAUCGACUCUUGUUUUUGUAAAGAAUUGGGGGCAAGAAAUUGCACAGCGUAUGGGUAGUGUUGUUGAGAACACUAAAAUCAUGCUGCCAUAAACUCUCUCGGUAAAUGAGUGUUUUUUUUUUGUAUUGAGCCUUUCUGAGCGUAAUAUUAUUUUCCACGUACUUGGCAAGGGGUAGGGGGGGGGGUAUUCAUGUUUAAGAAAGGUAAAGCAGGUAGCUCAGGGGUCGGCAACCUACGGCUCCGGAGCCGCAUGCGGCUCUUUACGGGCUGCUUCUUGACGAUAUGUACGUAUGUACAGUAUGUACUCAGAUGCAUUGCGGCUCUUGAAAUAUUGAAUUUUGUACCGAAUUGGAAAGAAAUGGCUCUUCUUGUUAUUUUGGUUGCCGACCCCUGAGGUAGCUUUAUCCCGAGCACCCGGCGUUUUGAACGUUGCUCGUUGAGGCAGAAAGCAGUACGAAGACUUUUUCACGAACAUAACUCGAGGGGGGGGGGGGGGGGUUGCCCUCGAGUCCACACCUUUUUUCGAUUUCUAUAUAAGACUCUGCAGACCGCUGUGGAUAUUUUUGCAAUGUCUUGCUGUUAAUGAAGAUUUUGAUGCAUUAUAUAUAUAUGCCUGUUCAGUGCCCUGAAGGUGCCAAUGUGGCAAGCUUGCAGAGGGAACCGAUGGGCUUGCUUUGCAUCAUGUUAAACAUGGUUAUCUAUAUCGUGCAAGGUCACAAUGUGGAGUCUUUUUUUGUUUGUGUGGUAUUUUAUUUUAUAAUUAGCCUGGAUUUGAUGACAUAGUGAAGCCCUCUGAUGAUCGAUAUCUGGUGGUAAGGAGGAUUAUUUUAAUAUUUUAAUGUCAUCCUCAUUUCGUACCACAACAACUUCUUGUCGAUUAUUGAAUAUUCUACUAACACUAGGAAAAGUGUUUUCUGUAGAUUCAAGUGCGGCAGUAAUUCCACUCUGUCCACCCCAGCAUGCGUCGACGAUGGCUGUAUGUGUGUGCGUAAUCACCGUUACGUGUGCCGAGAGUUGAGUCACUACUAUUUUGUACAUUGCCUCUAAAACUGUGAUGUCUGUGAUACUGUUUUUUUUUCUUUCCAUCAGAGUACCAAUCCAGAUAGAGAAUGUCUGCUGUACUAAAUCCCUGGAUACAAUUUGCAUUGCGGAUUUCUGCUCCGAUGGAAAUAAUUUGCACAAACUCAAAAGGGAUUGUUUUCGCCUCGCGCUGUGCAACUGUAAUCCCUGAGUGAUAUCGGUUCUGAAAAUAUUGUUUUGUACCCACAACAUUUGUGGAUAAACGUUUUUGCCAGGUCUUUUUUGUUAGUAAUUGUAUACGUGUCAUUUGUAGUUGUAUGCAUCAACAAAUGUUGUUUUCUCUAUUAAACUGAAUUUUUUUUUAAAUUCGGUUACAGUACUUAUACAAAAAAAAUAAAAGAUCAUGCACCUGAAAUGACAAACCCCUGCUGUGUGCACAAUAAAGGAUGUGAAGUGG